CCAUUUUUUCUAUCCUGCGCGAAUCCGACCAUCGCCUUCCAUUUGCGACGCGCAACCUCGCCCUGAGCAGAGAGCACGAUUCCAUCCCUCAAUAUCGUCGCCGCCGCCGGAUCUCCCCAUCGAGGCUAGCAAAGCACGCCCUGUGACUUCCCCGGAUUAGAUUUGUCUGCGCCACCGGCCAAGGAGGGAUUAGGGAAAUCCCUACUUUUUUUUACGUUAAAUUAUUCCGUCUGACCCUAUGUUACCCGCGUCACUUAGGAGAGGAAGCACUGAUUUAGGAUUCCGUUGUUGGUCUUUGAUGAGGCCUAUGCAAGCAUCCGUGGAUUUACAUUUCCCCGAUCAUACUCUUUUAUUGCGGCAUUUUUCUUCACAGCUCGUUAAAACUAAUGGAAAUCGGGCUUACCUUGUAGACACGCUGGCUUUGGUUAGAAGAUUGGAGGCACAAGGGUUGCCAACUAAACAAGCCGAAGCUAUCACUUCAACUAUUACAGAAGUUUUGAAUGAUAGUUUAGAAAAUGUGGCACAGUCUUUUAUGUCAAAGUCUGAGAUGGAUAAGAUUGAGAUGGUUCAAGAAUCUAAUUUAUCAAAAUUCAAGUCUGAAAUGAAGAGCACACAGGAGCAUCAUUUUGCAUUAUUGCAACGAGAGACUGAAAAACUUCGAGGGGAUAUUGAGAACCUGCGCAGGGAGCUCAAAUAUGAAGUUGAUAAAGUCACUGCUGGACAACGUUUGGAUUUAAAUCUUGAAAGAGGGCGUAUGCGUGAUGAACUAGCUAAGCAAGCUGCAGAAAAUAGUGACUUGACUAACAAACUUGACCGGGAAAUUCAUGCACUGAGAGCACAAUUAGAGGCUGCCAAAUACGAUGUUAUAAAGUAUUGCAUUGGUACCCUUGUUUCAAUAUCGGCAGUUGGUCUUGCUAUGGUGCGCAUUUUGAUGUAGAAACGAUAUUCUUUUCAUCACAAAUGUUCCUAAUUUGUGGGAUUGUGUGUACUUACACUCAUUUAUUUGUGAUUGAUAAAGGCAAUGGAAAAUUAUUUUACUUUCCAUAUUUUCUUUUUCAAUCAUGUUUAAUCUUUCAAUUGUUAAGCAAGCCCACUCUGGCUGCAGACUA